GCAGAAACAGUUGAUAUGGGAGGGGGCAAAAACCCUGUUGUAAAAUCUUGUUUUUCUUCUUUGAACAGGAGACAUCUAAACUGGAUACAAUGGGCUUCCCUCGUCAUUCUAUUUUUGUGUAUUGUGGCCCUCACUGCUGGGACCAAAACAUCGCAGCAUAACCUAGCAGGACAUGGAUUUCACCACGACGCCUUCUUCAGCCCAUCCAAUUCCUGCCUUGUUUUCAGAAGUGAGUGUCCCAGAAAAGACAAUUGCACAGCGAAGGAGUGGACUUUUUCUGACUCUAAGUGGAAUGCCACAGUCAGGGUUUUCAGUCACAUUCGUCUCGGCUUGGGCCAUGUCCUUAUUAUAGUCCAGUGUUUUACUUCUUCAAUGGCCAAUAUCUAUAGUGAAAAGAUAUUGAAGGAGGGGAAGCAGCUCACUGAAAAUAUCUUCAUACAGAACAGCAAACUCUAUUUCUUUGGCAUUCUUUUUAAUGGGCUGACCCUGGGCCUUCAGAGCAGUAAACGUGAUCAGAUUAAGAACUGUGGGUUUUUCUAUGGCCACAAUGCAUUUUCACUAGCCCUUAUUUUUGUAACUGCAUUCCAGGGCCUCUCAGUGGCUUUUAUUCUGAAGUUUUUGGAUAACAUGUUCCAUGUCUUGAUGGCCCAGGUCACCACUGUCAUUAUCACAACAGUGUCUGUCCUGGUCUUUGACUUCAGGCCCUCUUUGGAGUUUUUCUUAGAAGCCCCAUCAGCUCUUCUGGCUGUGUUUAUUUAUAAUGCCAGCAAGUCCCAAGAUAUGGAAUCUCGACCUAGGCAAGAAAGGAUCCGAGAUCUACGUGGCCAUCUUUGGGAGCGCUCCAGUGGGGAUGGAGAAGAACUGGAAAGACUUACCAAACCCAAGAAUGCCAUUGAGUCAGAUGAAGAUACUUUCUAAUUGGUACUCAAAUAGGUGGCACGUCUCACAACCUUGUUUCCACAUUUUCUGCAUGUGUAAUAUUUAUCUUUUCACUUUGAUAAACCAAGAGUGUUUCCAAAGUAAACUGCCCUUUGCAUAUAUCUAACUACUCUCUAAACAGUUUUCUCCAAGGCUUAGAAUACUCAAAGGCCAGAAAGGUCUAAGGAACUGACAUGAGAGUUAUAGUAUGGAAACUGCAUUAAUGGCCUGAAACUUGAUAAAUCAAUAAGAUAUAUUCACAGAUUAUUUUCCUUGUUGCCCACGGUUUCAAAAACCUUGUAAUAAUCAUAGCAGCUGUGCUCGAUCGAUAUAUAAACACAGAUCAGUUUGUCAGAUAUUAAUAAUUAUGUAGUUCUAUUCUGUUGCCAAAGUCACCCCUUUUUUAUCAUUAUGAACAUCACCUUGAAUUUUGAGGCCCUUGAAGCUACACAUUUUGCAAUUGAAAAGCAACAUGACUCUUUCUAAAAAAAUUCGUUGAAAGACUGCCAUCUGGCUACAACAUUGAUUUGAGUUUAAUGUGGUCUAUGCUAAAUGUUUUACCAAAGAAGCAAUUUUUCAGAAACAAAAUCUCAGAAUUUUAAUGUUUAGGAAUUCAUAGAGAAUUUGGUUUUUAGCGAUGAUCUUUUUUUAUAUUCUACAUAAAUAAGCUUCAAUUUAGGUGAAAAUUGAUUCCUAGUCACCAGUUAUCACUUGUAUUUUAAAUCACUUAAGCCAUGUGUUGUGUUUUUUUCCCUCAGAUUGACCUUAUAAUUCUUGGAUUAUUAUAUCUUGAAGAACUAAGAAGAAGCCAGAGUUAAGAUAAUUAUAUAUCAUAUCCACUUCCUCAGAGUGGAAAUACUGGCUUCAGAACCAUACCAGAUAAGAGUUCCUUUGAAAAGGGUUACUCUGCAGACAAAUGAUUUUUGCUGAAAAUAUGAAUAGUAUUACUUUAAAAAGAGGAAGGCCAAUAAUAAAGCACUUUAUAGUAAUAAUAUUUCACAUUUCAAGUGCAUGUUAUUUUUCAGCAUUUUUGCAUGCAGCCAAUUGACUCUGAGGUAGUGAUAGAUAAUUUAAAAAAAUAAGAAACAAGUGACUUGCCCAUGGGCAUGCAGCUGGAUGGUGAUGGGAUAAAAGUUAUCUUUAGCUAAAAGGCCAUUGUGUUUACAGAACCAGACACUGAAUGUGAACCUUACAGUGUCAUUUUCAUGCGGUCGAUUCAUCUCUUCUUUCCCCUAAUUUUUAUACAGAUGAACAUAAGGUAAUACUAUUACAUAAUCCAUUUGUGACUGGCAAGAGUUGGUGGAAAUUUACGAAUAAAAUAAUUAUUAAACCUA